AUCUAUGUAACUGAAUUGAAAAAUCAUUCUUUUUUUUGUCUUGACAUCUUGAACAUUGACAAAUAACAUUUGAAAAAAAAUUAACGUCAUUUUGCUAAUGUCAAUGUGUUGUUGUUGUUGUUGUUAUUCAGGUUAGGAAGCAUAUUUCUGUUCAAAUUUAAAGAACAGCAAUAAAUAAUAAAAGUACUGCCAUUGGAAAAGUGCACCUAAAAUGUUACAAAGAUCACGAAAUUGUGUGAGUCUGAUCACCAAGGGAAGCAAUUUGAAAUUUCAUUUGAGGUUAAGUCAUAAGACUAGUCGGCAACCAAAAGAGAAACCACCUCCAAAACUAGCUACAGAUGUAGUUAACUAUAUAAAUAGUACUCCUGAGUACAACGAUAUCAAAAAUAAAAUUCCUAAUUCACUUUUAAGAAAAUACAAGACACCUGAAAGUAUGUACCUAAUAAACAAAAAAACUGCUAAAGAUAUAGUGAACACAAUUAAGAAUAACAUCAAUAAUAACUCUCCUUUAAUCGAAGUCAAUCCAGGUUUUGGGUAUUUAAGUGAAGAACUGUUGCAAUGCCAGAAAAACCCAAUUUAUAUGUUUGAAAUGUCAAGCCAAUUUUCAUCGCAUUUAAGUAAAUUACAAGAACAACAUCCAGGUAGAAUAAAACUCAAAAUAGCAGAUUUCUUCGGAAUGUGGAAAUUGGCAUUUAAAGACAAAAUUGAUCAAGGAAACCGAAUCGAAGAAUUACUUGGUGAACUUUGUACAGAUGACAAAACUAGGGUUGUGAAAAUAAUUGGAUCAAUGCCUGGGUUGUCCUUUGUGAAACAUUUAAUCAACAAUAUCAUAUUUCACAAUACUACCAACCAACUUGGUAAACCUGAUCUGUUCAUCACCAUGCCAGGAUACCACUAUGAAUUCCUUACAGACAAUGAGGUGCAGCUGAAGAAGCAUAGAUCUAUACCGGCAUUGUUUCAGAUGCUUUUUGAUCACAAAGUAUUAACAACUGUACCAAAAGUACACUUUUUGCCAUGGACACACAAACCAGAUAGCAAGAAAAUAACAAUGAUGGAUGAACAUAGGCUAGUACUUGUGAACAUCACGCAAAAAGAUAAAUUGCCGUGUCCACCUGAGUACUUACCUUUGCUCUGGUAUUUUUUCAAGCCACACAUGUUGUCCAAGACAACAAGAGUUAUACCAAUGUUAGAACAAUGGAUACCUGGGUGCGGCGUGUGGCUUAUAACGGGCCAGGAUCCUCCAGAUACAAAUAAACAAUUAGCGCCAAGUGAAGACGACGCUGAACUACCUCAUAUGACCAUCUUCACGGAAUUCGGAGAUUUGAAUUUACAACAAAAGAUCACUGUUUUCAAAAAAUUCAUUUCAUGGCCUGAGUUCGAACAAUGCCAAUUUAGAGUUACUAUGGAAAAUAAUUUACCAAAAUUCUUUACUAAUAUUGACGAUGAUGACAAGGAAGUAAUUGGUACUCACAUAGAAGACAUGGAACAUUCGGACGCGGAAAGUGAAACAUAGCAAAUUAUUUAUAUAUGAUUAAUUAAUAAAACACAGUUUAGAAGGAUAAUAAGUCUCAUUAUUUACACUUUAAUAACAAUCAGCUACAACCAAUUGUAUACAGUAUAAACAAGAAACAUAUAUUGGUCUUUAAAAUAAUUAAAUAAUUCGUAGAAAUAUUAUGUGAAAAAUUAAUUGAUUAUAAAUAAAAUAUAUGUUAUUUUUGAUUUACAAAUACUGACAAAAUAUACUUCCAACGACUGGACCAAUUUGUAUUUAAAAUGGUUAUAAACAUUUUCAUUAUGUUUUCCUAACAUACAGCAAUUAUUACUUUCGUCCAAUUUCUACUUAUGGCAUAAAUACAUAUUUUAUCUAUUCUUUGACAUCAUGUAGCUUUGAUAUCUUCUAUGUUAUAUGAAUUUGAUAUAAUUUUAGUGCCUCACUCACAGUACAACCUAAACAAUUGUCAGUUUUAGUAUAAUAUAUCAGGCUUUCAGUGCUAACUUCAACAGACAAAUAAAACGUCUCUAUGUAGUCCUAUACAUUUUUAAACAAAUUUACAAUUUAUACAUAGGUAAUUCACAUUAUAUACAAAUACGAUAGGUAAAUCAAUAAUAAUUUCAUAAUUACAUAUUGCUUUUACUGGCUUACGUUCUUUAAUAAUACAACUCUUCAUCCAUUGCACUGACAAAACUUAAUGGCAAACUAAUUCAAAACAAUAAGGACGGGGCUUGAUACAUACUUGCACAUUACUACAAUUGGAAUUAAAAUAAUUAAAUAGGAUAUAUUUGUGUUUCUAGUUAAAUAAUAAUUUUGACUGCAAUUAUUCUUCCUCUUAUCACAAUAUGAGCAUGUGCAAGUGCUAAAUUUAAUGGGUUUGUAAACCUAAUAUACUACUAUCUAGUGCAAAAUCAAUUACAAUAAAUUCUGACUGUAACAAAAUUAAAUACAUAGUUACUUAGAAAUAUUUUAAAAUUUUACACCUCCACCCUAUUUACAUAAUUAUAAUUUCAUGUAAUACUUAUUACAAUUAAGUACAGUUUCAAUAAAUAAGCAGAUUUCUAGUGUUGUGUUGUUAUAAAUUCUGGAAAUGUUUAUCAUUGUAUGUCUUGUGAGGGUUGGAUUUCGGAGUUAUAUAAUUUAAUGUCGGAAUAUCGACAGGUGUCUGAUUAUUUUUCAUUAAAAAUUUAUUCUGAACUGAUUUUUGAAUAUUUGAGUUAGUGUGCACAUUUAAACUUAUCGUAUUUAAUCCGUUUUGGGAUUUCACACUUGGGCUAGAUAUAAAGUCUGACCAUUCAUCAUCUUCCACAAAUACUGGUGGUUUCUUCGGCUGGGAAGUUUGUUGUUUAGGUUUGCUGGAUACAAAGUCGCCCCAAACAUCAUCGUCGGAUGACUGGCUGACUGUUGUAUUUUUCUGAGUGUGAACUGGUGAGGCAACUUUACUAAGACCACUAACACUUAGAUCACUUUUCAAUGAUUGUAGAGUUUCAACAGGAUUGAACCUUGACAGGUCCUGUAAAUCUAUGCCAGGGCUCGGCCAGUUUAUUUGCGAAUAACUUUCUAAUGAUAAUGGUUGCAAUAUUUGGCCAGUAGUCCGUUGGUUUUGUGUAUUUACUGAGGCAAAGCUCGCAGGUGUAGGCUGUAGAAGGCCUGUUUGUAUUGGUGUGUUUGAAGACAACGGAAUCUUACUCGUAAAUUCUGUUGUAUUCGAGUUGUAACUUACAUUGUUCGUUAAAGCUUCAUUCGGUCUUGUCAUAGUCGUAAAUGAUAUGGUAUCAGACUUUAUAUUCAUAGUUUUCGAAGAUGCAUAAUCGAAAUCUAUUGGUUGCUCAAAAGGCGUUUGAGUAUCACUAAAAGUGUUUGAUUUAAAGUUAUUGUUCUGUGUAACUUUUGUGGGUAGUGCCGAUUGAAAAGUAUCAAAAUCGUCAUCCAAAGUCUCAUUUUCAGGAUUGCUCUGUUCUGCAACUACUGUCAUUUUCUCUUUGAGAUCAUUGAAGUUAUCAAACUUUAGUGUAUUGGACUUGGCGUCUAAGUCUUCAUCUUGUGGUUUAGCAGAGAAUUGUCUUUCAGGUAAUGGUGUCGAUAUUGACACAAAAUCUGUGAAAUCGUCAAAUGUAGCUUUCACUUCACCAGGGUCAGGCCAGUUUAGUGUAGGCAUUGAAGGUUCUAUCUUAAUGGGCUGCAAGAGCUGCGUUUGAUACGCUACACUGGGAUUGGGCAAUGCAUUAACUGUCUUGGCUGUGUGAACAUUGCUUUCGUCGGGUACUUUAUGAUGACUUACUAAACCUGGCAAGGAACUGGAAUCUGGUGUGCCCUUGAAAUCUUGGAAUUCCCAAUAUUCGUUAUCAUCCUCCGUAUUAACUUCAACUAUCUCAUUUGUAGUUGGCGUAAGAGGGUUGUCCGUAUUCUUAACAUCCGGUACAACUGGCUGUGGUAAGAGUACUGUUGGACUGGGGUCGUAAUGUAUUGUUUUAGACCUGGGUAUCUCAGAGUCGGUUGGUGUAAAAAUAUGAGUGUCAGGUAAAUUUAUUUGUCGUAUAGGUUGUACAUUUAAUGUACUUGAGUAUAUUUUCUCUGACUUAGUAGACAUAGCAGCUUCAAAUACAUCCAAAUCAGUUGGCCUAGGCGCUAUGGCUCCACCAGCACUUUCAUGUUCUGUGUUACAAGCUGA